AUGGAGAGACAUGUCAGUCCUCUUCACCCUCCAUCAAAUCAGAGGAGCAGUCAGAGCCGUAAUCCAAUAGGCCAGGCUGGUGCACGAGCCAAAGCUGAUGCUGCCUCCAAAGAGGCCGGUGCACGAGCCAAAGCUGAUACUGCCUCCGAAGAGGCUGGUGCACCAACCAAAGCUGUUGUUGCCUCUAAAGAGGCCAGUGCUCUCGCUAUAGCUAAUGCUGCCUCCGAAGAGGCUGGUGCAGAAGCCAAAGCUGAUGUUGCCUCCGAAGAGGCCAGUGCUCCCACUAAAGCUAAUGCUGCCUCCGAAGAGGCUGCCAAAGCUGAUGUUGCCUAUGAAGAGGCCAAUUCUCCCGCUAAAGCUGAUGCUGCCUUCGAAGAGGCUGGUGCACCAGCCAAAGCUGAUGUUGCCUCAGAAGAGGCCAGUGCUCCCGCUAAUGAAUGA